UGAACGGGUGGACGAUUACGGGGUUUUUCUCAUCCACAUCUCCUCUUCCUUCCCUCUCUCUCCUUUGCGUUUCCUUCCCCGCAGAACCAAAGUAUUUUUAUGAUGUGGGUGUCGGCCGUCUCUGGCCUUUUUUAUUGACUGGCCUUGCAUUAGUGCAGAGAGAGAGAGAGAGAGAGAGAGAAAGAGAGAGAGAGAGAAAGAGAGAAAGGGAGAGAUUCAAAUAUGGCGGCUAGCAGUCUUUCUUCUUCUCUUCUCUCACUGAGACACAGGGCCCCAUGAGAGGGUGCAGGUUCAUUUACCAACAUGAAGUAUAGGGACUAGUUAAUUAGACAAACAGAGAGAGAAAGAAAGAGAGGAGUUUUUGUGGCGGUUCGAGUUGCUGAGGUACAAGGAGAUACUAUUUCCAGCUUAUGAGAAAAAAUUGUUUGGCUUGAAGACUGGUAGAGUAGUAUAUGCAAUGAUGAACUUCUAUUGGCUUCUGGACUCAUGAUGACUGUCCUCUUCUUGGAUCUAGUGAGAAUAGAUUCAGCUGUGUAUGAGUGUCUUCUGCUGAGCUUUGGGAAUCUCUGUUGAUGUCUGCUGCUUGACUGCCGAUUCAUUAGAAAUUUUUCUGGCCAAGAAACAGUGUCAGGAAAUCAUGAGAAGGAGUCCCAAUAUUGCUCUUGCUUGGGUAACUCUUGCAGUCAUCUAUUUCCUCUCUGUGUGGCGUGGCAGUUGAAGUAUUGCUUGAUAUAUAUAUAUAUAUAUAUAUAUAUAUAUCUGAUUUGGGUCAUACUUCACCAUUUUGCGCCAAAAGAAAAUGUCAAAUUUAACUUCAGCUUCUGGUGAGGCCAGUGUUUCCACAGGCAACGCAGGUGACAAAGGAAACUUGUACCAGUCCUUUGGUUCGACAAAUCCAGCUCCAGUGAAGAAGAAGAGAAACCUCCCAGGCAAUCCAGACCCAGAUGCAGAAGUGAUAGCUCUAUCGCCCAAGACCCUCCUGGCCACAAACCGAUUUGUGUGCGAGAUUUGCAACAAGGGAUUUCAAAGGGAUCAAAACCUUCAGCUCCACAGAAGAGGGCAUAAUCUCCCAUGGAAGCUCAAGCAAAGGACAAGCAAAGAGGUAAAAAAGAAGGUUUACAUAUGCCCAGAGCCUUCAUGUGUUCACCAUGACCCUUCAAGGGCACUUGGGGACCUCACAGGCAUCAAGAAACACUUCUGCAGGAAGCAUGGCGAGAAAAAGUGGAAAUGUGAGAAGUGCUCAAAGAAGUAUGCAGUCCAGUCUGACUGGAAGGCUCACUCCAAAACUUGUGGCACUAGGGAGUACAGAUGUGAUUGUGGAACCCUCUUCUCAAGGAGGGACAGUUUCAUCACCCACAGAGCCUUUUGUGAUGCAUUAGCAGAAGAGAGUGCAAAGGCGACACCAGUGCCAAUGAAUACGCUCCUAUCAAACCAGGCCACGGCCUCCACCACAAUAGGACAUGGACCUGCAGGUCUGCCUCUUGUAGGGCCAUCCUCAUCAUCCGCACUGCAAACUCAAUUCCCGCUUGACCUCCAAUCGUCGGGACUAACCCUAAAGAGAGAUGAUCAGGACCUCAGCGUCAGACCAGAUGUUCCUUUGUGGUUAGCAGCAGGAGAAUCAUCUAGCAUGAGCCAGCAGGAGAUGCCUUCUACGCUAUUCCCGGCACGCUUGAGCCACGAGUACGCUAGUCCCCAUGCUCAACUCAGUCAAGAGCCUAGGGUCCCAUCUAACACUGUGCAGAUGUCAGCUACUGCAUUAUUGCAGAAGGCAGCUCAGAUGGGUGCAACAGUGAGCAAGCCUUCAUCGACUCUACGAGCCCCUAUCCACAUCUCCACUGCAAUGCCGCCCGCUAAUUCUGGUUUCGGAUUGGGACUCGAUUCUUGGCAAGAAACUCCAGGAUCUUCAGCUGCUGUGAGUCGCAGCCCUACUGUAGAAGCACCAAGCGUGCAGGAGAUGAUGAAUUCAUUACCGGGCCCUGGCUUUGGGCCCUUUGAGGAGGCAUUCGGUGGGAUGCUGGGUUCAAGAAGGGAAGAAGAAGGAAGAAAUGAUGGGUUCACAAGGGAUUUCUUGGGUGUCGGUGAGCCUUCCGGGGUUUCUGGUUUUAGGGGUCUUUCACAUAAGGAUAUACUGAGCAUCGCUAGUAUGGGUCAGUAUAUUAACCCUCCGUUUGAUGGAAGUGCAGUGGCAACGAGCGACCCAUGUCUGGAAAAUGGCAGCGCAUCCACUGCCCACUUCGCCAAUCGAAGACCAUGGUAAGGUUUAUCACCAAGGAAUCUCCUUUUUUCUUUGCCUGUGAUUUGAACACAGACAAAAGGCUGGACAAGUCUUCUCUCAGUCUCAGCCCUCUUCUUCUUCUUCUUGUCUUUAUUUUGCAUCUUUAUGUUUCUUACUUUCUUCUUUUCCUGUGUCUCCCAAAGGGAGGGUACUCUUUUCUUUCAUUUUUAUCUUCUUCACCUGUUACUGUAUCGCAUAGCUAGUGCUGGUAGUAGAUCUCUCCUUUGGCUCUUGAUUUGUUGUACUCAAUUUGGAUAAUAAUAAGAGAUUCUUUUAUGCA